GGCCUCAUUAGUGAGUACAGUAGUGAGAUCCGCUGAGAGGCGGCGCGCUGGCCGCGUCUCCGCAAACCGCAAUGCAACAACAAGUGAUUCAAUAUCGCCUCCGAUGUGGUAUUCCCAGAAACAGAUAUGUUUCCCAACAGAAGGAUAAACGUAUUGUUUUUGUCCAUCUGAGGAUGGAUCAGCGGCCAAGGGGCGCGAAGGGGGCACGUAUCGGUCGCCGGAGUUUCUCGUUGACUAGAAAUCCUACAAAUACCUAAACCUGAUUAAAGUACAUCUUGUCACAAUUCUUUAGAUGUAGACAUUCAUUGUUUAGGAUGGGAGUGUAAGUCGUGAGUGUCAAGUGUUGCACUAAUUUGAUUCAUGCCUUUUUUGUAGAAGAAUAAACUACUAAGUUUAUCGCAUUAAAUCUUCAUUUCUAUUUUUGAGAAAAAAAAACCGGUGUUAAAAUUGUUGUAGGUUUUAAGUGAUUUUAAAAAACGUAGUCUUUUUCCUUCUCGUGGCCGCACACGAGAAGCGCACGAAUUGAACCAUAUCGCAACAAUAGCGGGCAGGUCUACUGAAUCAGAGGCGAUAAGAGGCGUCGCGCGCGCUCGCUGGCGCGGUCAGUGCGCGCCGCGACCUCUGACCGUGUGCUCCUGUGUGCGCCGCGACCUCUUGACACCUCCUGCUUCUGUCUCUGCGUCCCGAGUCGACCGACAUGGACGCCUUGCAGCACUCGCCCUCAUGGCUACAGAACUUCGCACUCCUGGCAGGUAGUGGAAGUGUGGGCGGCGUGGGCGGCGUGGGCGCCGUUGGCGGAGUGGGUGGCGUGGGCGGCGCCCUCUACGGCCAGAACGUUGUGAUGGGCUCGUGGUGCGGGCCCUACGAUGCCCUGCAACGCCCUCCGGCGUACGAUGGCGUGCUGGAGGCGUACGAGGAGGGCCGCGAGUGUGUCAACUGUGGCGCCAACAACACACCACUGUGGCGCCGCGACGCUACCGGCCACUACCUCUGCAACGCGUGCGGCCUCUACCACAAGAUCAACGGAGUCAACCGGCCGCUCGUGAAGCCCAGCAAGCGGCUGUCUGCGGCGCGGCGACACGGCCAGUGCUGCACCAACUGUGGCUCUCGGAACACCACGCUGUGGCGGCGCAACAACGACGGCGAACCCGUAUGCAACGCGUGCGGCCUCUACUACAAGCUGCACGGCAUCAACAGACCUUUGGCAAUGAGGAAGGACGGCAUCCAGACGAGGAAGAGGAAACCGAAGAAGUCCGCGAGCGGCGCCAAGCCCCCUCAGGACAACGUAAAGAAGGACGAGCACAGCUCGCCGGGCAUUGACGAGAGCAAACCAAACGUGCCGGAGGCGCUCCCGCUGACCGCGGGCAGUGCGAGCGGCGCGGGGAGCGUGGGGCGGCCGCGCAGCGAGACCAGCAGCACGCCGGGCGCACACACCCACGUGCACGCGCACGCACACUCUCACGCGCACGCGCACGGGCACGCGCAGACGCACGCACACGGACAGCAGUACGGGCUGGGCGUGCCCGCCCCCGCCUUCCUCUCGAACCCUUCGCUGUUCAACAUCAAGAGCGAGCCGAGCGCGGCGGGCAGUUACGAGGGUUACGCGCACGCCGCCGCGCCGUACCACUCCCAGCAGCACUACCUGCACGCGCUACAGUACGGGCUCGGUAACGGCGAGGAGGAAGAGGGCAGCGGUUUCCUGCACCAGCGCAACGUCACCGCGCACGCCAAGCUCAUGGCUUCCACGUAGCGACCCUCCGCACCCCGCACCCUGUUCAAUGCAGGACGGAGUGACCGCACGCAGGGAAACGACUCAACUUUCCUAGUGUAAAAAGAACUGAUGGAUGUAGAAGCUGAUUUCGUCUCGUGAACACACUUCACUCUUCCUGUACUAUGUUCAGAAGAUAAUCUACUAUCGCCGACGGAAUCAGAAUGACAAAAGACAAGUGACGUCACCACAGUGAUGUGACUACAAGUAAGAUGUACAGUGGCUGGUGUUGCUGACUCCCAGUUCGAGCCUCUGUGUGUAGUCGCCUUUGUUAACUCGAAUCUCAAAAAGGCAACAAUCAUCGAAAGCUUUAUAAUGACUCGAAGUUACAAAUGUAGUUAAUUGAUGUAGUUAAUCAGAUGUAAUUUAAUAAAAUAAUGUUAAGAUAAAAUUAGUAAUAACUUGUAAAUAUGUAGUGUAUUAUUUGACUGAAUAGCUUGUCAUCUCUGUAUCUGUAUAUUAUAGGCAAUGACUAGUUUGUGUACAAGGAGUUAUGUGGUAUAGUUAGGCCGCCACAUGGCAAGUAUCAAUCCAAGGUAAUGCCAAGUUCCUGACUCUUGCACUAGUCCAAUUAUGAAUGGCCAAUGUGCUUAUACAAUCAUCACUAGCCCACUAAACCUCCACUGAGGGGUUUGGAGCCUACCCUAAGUCUGCGGUGACAAGGCCAUAGUCAACAAUGGCCUCAUCACCCCUUAAAGUGAGUAUUAAAAAAAUGAGGUAAUAAAGAAUAUUGAAGCUUCAUCUUCUGAAGUAAGUGACAUUGGUGUAUGCAUUUUAACAUUGUUAUAAUAAUAAGUAGACAUCAGAACUAUUAGAUAAUAAGUAUGAACAGUAUUCAGUUGUAAUUGUUGGUUAAUUUUGUUCAAUAACUAGUUUAAGUUGUACAAGACAUAUGUAUGGGCAAUGUGACCAAUGUGGAAUCUUUGCCCGUAUCAAGCAUUUAUUAUUACGUCUGUAUAUAAUAGUAGUAAAUAAAAUUAUAACAUUUAUAACAAAAAAUUUAUUAAGAAAAUAUAUGCACAGAUUUAUCACAGAAUUGUAACUAACAUAUGUACUGCCUUACGAUUUGAUAAAACUAUAAAAUAAUGAAUUUUAUAUAUUUUCUAUGUAAUUUAAAUAUAUUUUAUAUUUGGCUUUAUAAGCUUUGUGUAUAUUAUUUCAAUAUGUAAGUAUGUUCACAAACCGUAAACAAUUUUAGGAAAGUUAAUUGUAUGUUGAAUCUUUGUUGUCUCUCUCAUUAUGUCAUAGGAAUGUGUACAAAGUUAUGUAGUAAUAUGAAAUACAUAUCUAAGCACUGUGAA